ACAUAUAAAUAGGGAUCACGGGUAUUCUAAUCUGGCCAUUAUAUAAUUGGAAGCGCACACAAAAACAGCAAAGUUUGAACUAAGAGGUGCAGAAAAUUAAUUUUUAGCAACAAAAAAGCCAUGAAGAGUCUCAUUAUUGCAUUUGCCGUUAUUGCGGUUGCCAUUGCAAAGCCGCAACGAGGACUUGCUCCUGCAGCUCCAGCUCCUCCAGGCUCCGAGGCAUAUGCGGAGACACUCGCACAAGACUUUAAUAUCGAGCCUGAUGGUUCUUACCAAUCAUCAUAUCAAACAUCGAAUGGCAUCGCGGCACAAGAAUCAGGCACCUUGAAGCAAACAGGCAACCCUGAAGCUCCCACAGUUGUUGUCGCAUCAGGCUCGUUUUCGUAUACUUCUCCCGAAGGCGAACAAAUUCAAGUAAAUUACGUUGCUGACGACGAGGGCGGCUACCAACCGCAAGGAGCUCAUCUUCCAACUCCUCCUCCAAUUCCGCCAGCGAUCGCAAGAGCUUUGGAGUACUUACAAAGUCUUCCACAAAGAAAGUAAGCCAGCAGUUUUCGACUGAAUAUUGUGCCAAUUUUAUUAUUUUUUUGUAUUGCAAACAAGUGAUUUUCUUUAAUUUUUUUGUUUUUUGUUAAUAAAAAAAGCAGUUUUAAAUCUCAAACAGAA